AUGGUCAAAGCCUUGAUUUUGGCGCUCCUUCCGGCGGCGCUUGCUUUCGCGUCAUGCCCCAGCGGAGAGUGUGAGGAAAGUGCAGUGGUGCAAGUGCGAAAGUCCGAGAGGUCCAAGCGGGACUUGAUGAUCGGCUAUUGGGCUUGGGCAUGGAAUGGAGUGUCAGAUACCAUCCCUGGACCAGAAAACCAAACCAUGGGAAUCUGUUUCAGUGGAUACACAGAUGCCCAAACCAACCUGAACUACUGCAUUUCCCAGGGCGUUAUUCCUUACAUCUGCAGUGGCUCUGACGUUACUUGCACGAAGUGGAUGACGGUCGGAGGAGCUGGUACGACCACGGACAGGACGGUUUUGAGUGGUACAGUGGGCCUAGCUGCAAGCAUCCGAUCAGCAGGCUUCGAUGGGGUCAUCUUCGAUUCGGAGUAUGUCGAGGCAGAGUCGACUUCCGCAGACCUCAUAGAGGACUUUUACGGAGCCACUGCAAACUUGUCGGCCGCCGGCCUCAUGGUUGGAAUUACCACAAGCCACAGUGCGCCUUUGGGAUGUACCAACUGCAUUGCCGCCCUGGUCGUUCAGGGUUGGCUUGCAGAUCCAAAUCUUGACUGGAUCUCCCCACAGCUCUACAGCAAUGGCUACACACUGGAGCUCGUGCCAACCUCCGAUUGCUCGACCGAGUCGCCCGCAUGUACUUGGGACAUUUACGAAAACGCCAUUGUGCCAAUUGUGCCUUCUGUCCCUUAUGCCUACAUGUACGAUCAAGAUUCCACUAACGCCGUGGAUUACUUUAAGGACAACUACAACAUCACGUUGCAAGGAUACAUCCAGUGGAUCCAAGAAGUGGACAGCACGUUCGAUCCCGAUCCGAGUCCGAGCCCUUCCCCAUCGCCAUCGCCCAAGGGUUACUACGGGCGCAAGAAGUGGUGGGGGAGAUGA